UACUACUGUAACGCUCCCGAACGCCGCUUACAUCCAACAAUUUGAAGCGGAAACGCAGUGACGGGACCAUUAACCUGAACGUCACGCCCGACAUGGCAAGUGCGGCGGCAGCGAAUAGCGCCAACAAAGAACCUCAACCUCAACCAACACGUCCAAAGUCGCCACCGCUGAUCGUCAACAUCAAUGAACCUGAAGAAAUUGACCUUGAAUCCGACUCAUAUGACGAAGUGUUGGGUGACCAAGAGAUAAUCCCAGCGCCGUCUUCGCCAACGCCCACAGAGAUAGAGGAGCGACCGCCAGAGCAGAAAGCAAUCGUCGAGGAAAUCAAAGCUUUGGGAAUCAAGGUGCGCGACUUUGCGUACGAGCCCUCCUUCCUCUCUCGUCGCGUGCCUGAGCUGUGGCGGCAACCGCUGCACACACUCGCGCUGCACGACAAGUACAUCCGCGCAGGGCCCGGACGUGCGGCGCCCUUCCGCCUCCCAGGCAAGAUGCUCUGGCGCCUGCUCCACAGUGGGCUCGUCCGCAUCGAAGAGGCACGCCGCAACUGGAGCGACGAGGACUGGAAGGCUGUCGAAGAAUAUCAGAACCGCCCCGGGGGCCCGUACCCAUAUCGGAUGCUGCGUGUGCGCCGCCCGAAGGCGGCGCUCCUUGCACAGCUGCGCUCGAAGUUGUACCCACAGAAGGGUGACAUCUCUGAAGAGAAGAUUUAUGUGCCACCAGAUGAGGUGGGCGUGGACGACGAGGAGACACUCAGGGAAGCCGAGUUUGCCGGACGUGAUUCUCCGGAGGACCGGAGAACGACGAAGAGAAUUAGAAUGGAGAGAGGCGAGAAUGAAGACAGGGAGCCAUGGACCCCUACGAUUUUCAGACGCGCGGGCCCACCUCAGGGUGCCACGCUUGCGCUGGACAAGCCAGCUCAUUCACGAGGACCUACCGCCCCGCCCACGACUUAGUCCUCGCCGCUGAUCGACUCCAAAUCCUCGAGCUAUGAGCUGCUCUCGUCACGACGACGACGACGACAACAACAAAAGGAGGGGCUUAUGAGCCGUGACUUGUCCAGAACAUAGACAAUGGUAUUUUGAAAGGAUACGUUCGUCUGCUAUGACUUUUGUUGAUUCUUGAUGAUCCAUUUCUCUUCACACGACAUUGUACGAAGCAUCAAAUCACGCGUUCAACCUCAACGACUCAUUCAGGCUCAAUGCACGCAAUCAAAGCAAUGUGGUCUUCGUGGAUGCUCUGUGCCAUAUAAUUUUUUCUCAUAGACUUCACAUGGAUGGCU